AUGGCAGUAUCUGAGACCACCUUAACUUCAUCAACAGCAAUCGUCACUACCACAGAAGCGCCUGCCAGUAGUACAUCGAUUAAGAUCACAACAAUACCUAUAAUUACAACAACACCUGUGAUUACAACAACAACAGCAACCACCCAGCCAGUGGUAAUCAAUUUAAGCUUAACUCAACCGUUUACUACUACUUCAGUUGUCAUUACCACUACUAUCUUACCGAGCACAAGUGCAACAAUCAUAAUCCCGACAACACAAACCACAAGUACCAGUACGACAACUAUCGAGUUGUUGUCAACAACUACAGUUGUUUCUAUCGGAACCACUGUUCCAUCCGCAUCAACACCCGUUAUAACUUUCACUACCAAUGCAAUUUCUACUACAUCAACAACAAUCGUUUCGUCGACCACUCCAGUAACAACAACCUUAUCUUCGACAACAAGCGCUGUGCCAUCAACGAGAGCAACUCCUAGUUCGAUUACAAGAGUUGUAACACUAUAUGAAAAAGUUGAACCGAGAAAAACAAGCGACAUUGUAGUAUUAUCGGUCGUCAUUCCUCUCGCUUGGCUUACUGUUGUGGGUGUUUUGUUAUGGAUUAAAAUGACUGGCGGUAUUAUAAAUAGCAUUCCAUUACCGUUUACAAAUGCCGGAGAAACACAAUAUGAAAUGAGUCACGUGGGGUCAGUUAUUUAA